CGUCGUCUCUGGAGUGCGUGAGAUCGUGCACGGCCGCCUCGUGGAAGGGGGGGGCAAGGCCCUACGAAUGCAGCGUACUCGUGCGCGUGGAACGCGCCGCGCGCUCACGGGCGCGCUCGCCAGCACCGCGCAGUGCUCCUCGUGCGUACACGCCGAGGCCGGAGGCGGCUGGAGGAGGCGCGGGCGGUCGCGUCGGAGUAACAACUCGUUACUAUGUAUCACCUUUGAUGAGGACAUCAAUAGAGGGAAAUUUGGUUAUGAUCCAUCACCUGCCUACUCUGCAAGUUUUGUCAGACCUUGGUCUACUACUGUUGACCCAACAUGGAGAGCUUACUGCUAUUCAUCAUCUGAAUCCUUCAUCAUCUCCCCAGAGACUUUGUGGGAGGAUCUCAAACCAGCUGUUUCAUAUCUUCAACCUGAAGAGUUAAACUUUGUGCAUGACGCUUUGAAGUUGGCAUACGAAGCUCACAGUGGACAAAAACGGCGAAGUGGAGAACCAUUCAUUAUUCAUCCUGUCGAAGUUGCUCGUAUUCUUGGAGAGCACGAACUUGACUGGGAAUCCAUUGCUGCUGGUUUAUUGCAUGACACUGUUGAAGAUACAGACGUGGUUACCUUUGAAAGAAUAGAAAAUGAGUUUGGGCCAACUGUAUCUAAGUUGGGAAACUUCAGUGUAAAAAGUGAGGGUAGCUCGAAACAAGAUCUUAAAGCAGACGACCUAAGGCAGAUGUUUCUUGCCAUGACAGAAGAGGUUCGUGUGAUCAUUGUCAAACUGGCAGACAGGUUGCAUAACAUGCGUGCUCUCACACAUAUGCCUCAGCACAAGCAGUAUGCCAUCGCCAUGGAGACAUUGCAGGUCUUUGCCCCUCUAGCAAAACUCCUUGGGAUGUACCGUAUAAAGUCUGAGCUGGAAUAUCUAUCCUUCAUGCUUAAUAGGAUUUUAAGGCAAAAGAUUGUUGAGGAUCAGUUUCUCGAUCUUGUUAGUGUUGAAACAGAAGUGCGCUCAGUUUACAAAGAGCUCUACAGCAUUUACAAAACUACACUCAAAUCCAAGAGUUCAAUAAAUGAGGUGAAUCAGGUUGCUCAGCUGAGGAUCAUCAUAAAACCAAAAUCCUGCAAUGGUGUUGGGCCAUUGUGCACUGCACAACAGAUCUGCUAUCAUGUUCUUGGCCUUGUUCAUGGUAUAUGGACACCCAUUCCUCAAGCUGUGAAAGAUUACAUUGCAACUCCAAAACCUAAUGGCUACCAAAGUCUACACACAACAGUGAUACCAUUUCUUAACGAGAGUAUGUUCCAUUUGGAAGUUCAGAUAAGAACAGAAGAUAUGGAUUUAAUAGCAGAAAGAGGUAUUGCUGCACAUUACAGUGGAAGAGGGGUGGUUUCUGGACCUGUUCGCCCUGGAAUAUCAAGUGGAAGAAAUGCCAAGGGGAAAGUAAUCUGCUUGAACAACACAGGCUUUGCUCUGAGGAUUGGUUGGCUCAAUGCAAUCCGCGAGUGGCAGGAAGAGUUUGUUGGUAAUAUGAGUUCUAGGGAAUUUGUUGAUACUAUCACCCGAGAUCUUCUGGGAAGCCGUGUCUUUGUGUUUACUCCUAAAGGCGAGAUUAAAAACCUGCCUGAGGGAGCCACAGUGGUUGAUUAUGCUUAUCUGAUCCAUACUGAAAUCGGCAACAAAAUGAUUGCAGCAAAGGUGAAUGGCAAUCUGGUUUCACCAAUCCAUGUACUUGCAAAUGCUGAAGUGGUGGAGAUUAUAACUUAUGAUAAAUUAUCUAGUAAGUAUGCUUUCCAGCGUCACCAGCAGUGGCUACAGCACGCAAAAACUCGCAGUGCUAGACACAAAAUUAUGAAAUUCUUAAGGGACCAAGCUGCUCUUUCUGCUGCUGAAAUUACUGCUGACGCAGUUAAUAAUUUUGUUGCUGAUCUUGAAGACGAAAGUGAUAGUGAGCUUUCACUUCCAAGCACCAAGAACGAAGAUAGUAAAUUCAACUGGGAGAAGACAUUAAGUUCUGAUAAAUUAUUCUUUGUCAACAAAAGUAGCGAUGGCUUUUUACCUGUUAAUAAUGUCCAUCCAAAGCUCAAUGGGAAGCAAAACAAAACUGUUAAGGAAUUGGGCAUCAAAAUCAAUGGUCAUUCUACAAUUCGAGGUGAUAGCUUCAAUGAGUUAAUGCACCCUGGCAAUUCCACCUGCAAGGAAGUUUUCCCUGGUUUAGAUCGCUGGAAAUCUGGUAAAAUUUCUGGUUGGCAUAGUACGGAAGGCAACUCUGUCCAAUGGCUUUGCAUAGCCUGUGUUAACCGAAAAGGGAUGAUGGCGGAGGUUACAUCGGCUCUUACAGCUUGUGGAAUUACCAUAUGUUCUUUGCGUGAAGUCAAUAAAAGGAGGGGAAUGGGUGUGAUGCUGUUCCAUUUUGAGGGAAGCUAUGAGAACGUGGUCAGUGCAUGUUCAAGUGUUGACAUGAUUCUUGGUGUUCUUGGUUGGUCUGUGGGAUGUAGCUGGUGUCCAUUGGGUGUUCUUGAGUGCUAA